ACCCAUGGUUUUUAGGGACUCAAAAAAGAAGGCAGCCCAAAACCCUUCGCUUAGGCCUGGAACAUUCUGAGUUACCGACGUGCCCAUCGUUCGCCGCUGAGUUUUUAGGACUUUCCUUUGGGGAGCCCAUUGUUCCUGAUCAAAUACAAAAAAGUAAAACCAUCGAAAUUUAACGCCCACAAAUUCUAAUUCAUCAAAUUCACACAACCCACCCCCAUUCCCAACGCUGUAUAUAUUGCUCUGUCUUCCACUUUGAUUUUAUUCAUUAUCUUAACUCUUAAGAAAAGCGAAGCAACUUUGAUCCUGAAAAAAAAUAAAAAAUAAAAAUCGUCUUUCAUCUUGAUUGCUCAGCAACCGAACAGAAAAGGUUCAAGCGGUUUGAGUUGUUUGUUGUUGUUAUUGUUAAUCUGGCAUUGAUGGUUGGGGUAAAGGGUCUACUACCAAAACGAUGGGGUUGGGUGCUUGGAGCUCUCAUCGCCAUCUUCCUUGCUGUGGCUAUGACUUCCAGAAUUGCUCCUCAAUUUUCCAUCUUCGGACGAUCUAACAAGCCCUGUCACUGCGCUCAGGAUACACAAAAGUAUAGUGGGGUGGUGGAAGAUUGUUGUUGUGAUUAUGAGACUGUGGACCGUCUUAACGAGGAAGUGCUGUAUCCAUCACUUCAAGAGCUUGUUAAAACUCCAUUUUUCCGCUACUUCAAGGUCAAGUUAUGGUGUGACUGCCCUUUCUGGCCUGAUGAUGGUAUGUGCCGCCUACGAGAUUGCAGUGUUUGUGAAUGUCCAGAAAGUGAGUUCCCUGAAUCGUUCAAGAAGCCCCAUCAUGGCCUCUCACCAGAUGAUCUUAUUUGUCAAGAAGGAAAGCCACAGGCAGCUGUGGACCGUACACUCGAUAGUAAAGCUUUCAAAGGCUGGACAGUAACAAACAAUCCUUGGACGAACGAUGAUGAGACAGACAAUGAUGAGAUGACGUAUGUAAACCUUCAGCUCAAUCCUGAACGAUAUACUGGCUAUUUAGGUCCAUCUGCUAGAAGAAUAUGGGAUGCUAUCUAUGCAGAAAACUGCCCCAAAUAUCCAUCUGAAGAGUUAUGUCAGGAAGAAAGAAUUUUAUUCAAGUUGAUAUCCGGUCUUCACUCCUCUAUUUCAGUACACAUAGCCGCUGAUUAUCUACUUGAUGAGACUACGAACUUGUGGGGUCACAAUCUCACGUUGCUGUAUGAUCGGGUGCUGAAAUAUCCUGAUCGUGUUAGAAAUUUGUACUUCUUAUAUCUCUUUGUUCUCCGAGCUGUGACAAAGGCUACAGCUUACCUGGAACAUGCUGAAUAUGACACAGGCAAUCCCAUUGAGGAUCUGAAAACACAGUCCUUGACAAAACAACUACUAUACAAUCCUAAACUACAAGCUGCAUGCCCACUCCCAUUUGACGAAGCUAAGCUGUGGAAGGGCCAAAGUGGACCUGAACUGAAGCAAAAAAUCCAAAAGCAGUUCAGAAACAUUAGCGCAUUGAUGGAUUGUGUAGGAUGUGAAAAGUGUCGACUUUGGGGAAAGCUUCAGGUUCUGGGUCUUGGUACUGCAUUAAAGAUCCUUUUCUCUGUUGAUGGCCAAGCAAACUUGGGUCAGACUCAGCUGGAGUUGCAAAGGAAUGAAGUGAUUGCUCUAUUGAACCUGCUCAAUCGACUCUCAGAAUCAGUGAAAUUUGUCCAUGAAAUGGGACCUUCAGUAGAAAAGAGCAUGGAAGGACAGAUUUCUGCACCCGCUGCUUCAAGCUGCCGUUUCCAAAGGAUAUGGAGUUCUGUAUUUAACACACCUGCACCAAGUUGCCCUUUGCAAAGGAUAUGGAGUUCUGUAUUUAACACGCCUGCACCAAGUUGCCCGUUGAAGAGGAUGUGGACAUCGAUUUUUUAGUGCACCUACUGUGCUUAAGUUGGCUACGAAGCAUGUGUAUUUGUUAAAUCAUAGGUAAUUAUGUAAACAUAGGCUGGGACUCAGCAAACAGGCUUUGUUUGUUUGUCGGUUUGGUAUUUGUAGGGAGGUGCUAAAUGGUAAUAGUUUCAUACAGUGAAGAAAUAUCGGAUCUCGAGCUGCAGCUUGGUUUUCAAAAGGAAUGACCCCCAUGAAACAGGCACAGAAAUAUACUACUACAAAGAGUCUUUGACAAACAUGAAACCUGUAAAUUUUUAGCGCCAGUUUUGAAAGUUAGCACUCGGUUUCCAAAGUUAGCACUAUUCUUCAUUUCA